UUUAUAUUCCCAAUAUAAAUGUCAACAAUAAUUUAGAUAAGAGAACGUAAGUAAACGAUUAGUCGAUCUGUUUGGUUGUUAAAUAUAAAUACGAGAUUUAAAGGUCGAUCGAGGUGAGUUCAGUUGUUCAGUGGACACUGUCAACAUGGAGUGUUUAAUUCUCUUGUUUUUGGUCGCAAUGGCCAGUACUGCAGAUUCGAUUUUGGACCACGAAUAUUCUAGAACUCCCCUAGGAGAUAACAUCGAUAAAGCAUCCGUUAAACUUUUGAAGGAAGCCUAUCUAGCAUCAGAAAAUACUAAUGUAGUAACUUCACCCCUGGGGGUGUUACUGCUCUUAUCGUUAUACUCUUCCGGCACCCAGGGUAAAACGAGGGAUGAAAUUACAGAACUGCUUGGCGCGACCGGUUACAAGGAGAUGUUCGACAGCUACAGUGGUCUAAGCAAUGAGUACGCUUCAAUGAACUCCAGCUACUUGUCCCUGGCCAACAAGAUCUACGUAGCCUCGGGGUACGAUCUGAAUGAUGAGUUCCUCAACACAGCGCGCGCUUACAACACCGAAGUGGACUCCGUCGACUUCCACAAUGUAGAAAAUGCAGCACAUGUCAUCAACCAAUGGGCGAAUAAACAAUUAAGAGGUCUAAUCAAGGACCCCGUGUCGAAAACAUCUUUGGAUAAAGACGCGUUGGUCGCACUUUUCAACGUGAUAUACUUCAAGGGUCACUGGCACGUUCCCUUCCAAGUCGAGUCGACUGAGAUGAAGGACUUCCACGUCAACAAAUCACUCACUGUUAAGAAACCGAUGAUGCACCUGAGUAAAUCCCUCUUCUUCCACGCGAACGACCAGCUCGGAGCUAAAAUGAUAGAGUUGCCAUACCAGGAACCUGGUUUCCGUAUGGUGGUGAUCUUACCAAACGAAGUGGACGGUCUCCCAGAUGUUCUGGAAAAGGUGGCACAAAAGGGUCUACUGGAGGAUGUGUUCGCUUUGAGUCCCGCGAGAAGGAAGAUUAAUUUGUAUUUACCCAAAUUCGAUAUCAAAAGUAGUCUGGAUUUUACGCAAAUAUUACCAAAGUUGGGAGUAAACGGAAUAUUUUCCGGAGGCGCCAGUGGCAUAGUGAAUGGGCGCAGUGUUGCCAUAUCAAAAAUAUUCCAAGAAGCCAUAGUGAAUGUGGACGAGGAAGGUGCUAGAGCAGGCGCAUUCACUGGCUAUAUAGCUGUUAAAUUAUCCUUUGAUUCGAGACCUCCACCACCGAUGGAUUUCAUUGUAAAUCACCCAUUUCUUUUUGCGAUUCUACAUAAGGAGGUUACCCUAUUACUUGGCACAUACACACAUUGAGCUAUGAUACAUAUUGACAUUGUUGUGUUGUAUCAAGAAAGUUGCUCCCGCUUUUGUAU